GCGCUAACCAUGCUUGUUCUUUUCUUUUGGCAUCUCACCUUUCCGUGGUCUUCUCUAUCGGAGUGAUGAGUUUUUGCAUUCAGGACAAGGGAUAAACGGUAGAGAGGGACCAGGGACACCUUAUUACAAGGAGUGACCUCACCCUUCUCAAAGAGUGGGCCACUAGCAUUGUCUGAUCUAGUACCCCUAUCCUCCACCUUCUGGACUUGAGUGCUACCUGAGGUUUCGGUCUCCUUGGUGGCUUCCUUUUCCUCCUUUGAGCAUCCUGGCUUUAUCAUCUUAGUCCAUCCUAUACCCCCUGGGAUGUUGACACGUUGUGGGGGCCACCCAUCAAUGCACUUCAAGAGGCAGGCACAGUGUUAACUCCAGACUCCGACCCCCGCACCCCCACAUUUUUAGAAUCUUUCCUUUAGCAGAGGAAUCCCGCAGGAAUGAGGCAGCAAAAAGAGCGGCCAAAGAAUCCUUGACCCUUUCGGCCUCACCCCACCCUUCCAGUUCUCCUUUGGUGGGUUGCCGGGCCCCCACAGUCGUCGCCGCCUUAAGGGAAGCCCCGCCUAUGCAGAGGGGGUGGAGCACAGGCGGAGUCCGAGGAGUCUGGGAAGGAACAAAGCGCGGCCUGCGGGCGGCAGCGGCUGGACCACGGGGAACGGGGCCUGGGGUCCACAGCCCGAGUAGGACGUUGGAGGGGGUCCAGGCGGCAUCGCGGCCCGCGCCGACCCGGCUAUGAACGGGCUGCCCUCAGCUGAGGCGCCGGGCGGCGCGGGCUGCGCUCUGGCCGGGCUCCCGCCGCUACCGCGCGGCCUCAGCGGCCUCCUUAACGCUAGUGGGGGUUCUUGGAGGGAGCUGGAGCGCGUCUAUAGUCAACGGAGCCGCAUCCACGACGAGCUGAGCCGUGCCGCCCGCGUCCCGGAUGGUCCCCGCCACGCCGCCGGCGCCACCAACUCAGGCUCUGCAGCCGGCCCGCGCCGCCCGGUUAACCUCGACUCGGCACUAGCCGCGCUGCGCAAAGAGAUGGUGGGGCUGCGGCAGCUGGAUAUGUCCCUGCUGUGCCAGCUGUGGAGCCUGUAUGAGUCGAUCCAGGACUACAAGCAUCUGUGUCAAGACCUGAGCUUGUGCCAGGACCUGUCAUCCUCCCUGCACUCGGACAGCUCCUACCCACCUGAUGCCGGCCUGUCUGAUGACGAUGAGCCUCCUGAUGCCAGUCUGCCCCCAGACCCUCCACCCCUCACCGUGCCCCAGACUCACAAUGCCCGUGACCAGUGGUUGCAGGACGCCUUCCAGAUCAGUCUCUGAAAAGCUAAGGUGGAUAGGAAUGCGCACCCGUACAAAAGGCUCAAAACUUGCCCUUCAGCAAGUCCUUAGUCGACAGUGCCUGCUCUUUCACCGGUACCACCUCACCUCACAUCAGGAGGGCAAGGCACCUACCCAUCUGGCAAAGCGAUCAAGAUUGCAGCCUCUGCCCAGUGCACUGGGCACCCACUUCUCCCACGUGUGUGCACCCUAGCUUUGGCCAGCCCUUAGUCUGACCAUGGAGCUCACAAAGUAUCUUGCACUUCCGUCGGCGUCUCUGGGACUGGGAUGAGUGCCUAGCUUCCAUCUCCUUUUGGUCUUUUGCUGCUACUUGCAGCUGCUGGCUCAGGGGCAUCCCUACCUGUGGCCCCAGGGUUCCACUACCUGGGACAAGGGCUCCAGGACCCAUCUCUGCAGCCACUCAUGGCCAGAAAGGCCAAGGUCUCUAUGCUGGAUAUUUAAGUUUAGAGGCCAUUUCCUGGAUGGGAAAAUAAACACUUUCA